AUGGCCAUCUAUAAAUCGGAGAAUGCCGUCACUGAUACUUUUGAAUCUCUAGCUACACUGGAGAAUGAGAGGAAAUUGGUCACGGAAGCGGUUGUAUCCCAGCCGGGCUCCGAGAAUGUCGAAAAGACGGCCGUUAUCUCUAGUGAUCAGAAAGGGAUUCAAGCUGUUGAACCGAAUAUUUCGCUGUCCAUUGAAGAAUAUCCUCUCCCUACUGAAGAAGAACGAAAGUCUCUGCGCAAAGUUGCUGACUCUUUGCCGUUGGUCUCGUUUUCUCUUUGCCUUGUAGAAUUUGCCGAGCGUGCUUCUUUCUACGGUGCCAAAACGGUUUUCUCCAAUUUUAUCGAGUUCCCUCUUCCAAAGGGAGGCAAUGGCGCAGGGGCACCCCCACGAGGAACCCAAGAAACCGCCGGGGCCCUGGGGAUGGGCCUUCAAGCAUCUUCUGGAUUGACUUUGCUCUUCACUUUUCUAGCUUAUGUGAUUCCCAUCUUUGGGGGCUGGUGGGCCGAUGUUCAAGUAGGUCGUUUCAAGGCGAUCACGGUGGGCGUGAUCAUCUGCGGUGUUGCCCACCUCGUUCAGAUAUUUGGCGCCAUUCCGUCCGUUCUCCAGAAGGGGACCGCCAAUGCCGCUCCACCAUUUAUAAUUGGCCUCUUGUUACUGGCGUUAGGAGCAGGUCUUUUUAAACCAAAUAUCGCUCCCACCAUCCUGGAUCAAAACCCCCAUAAGAAGCCCUAUACCAAGGUUCUGAAAUCGGGGGAAAGGGUCAUUGUGGAUCCAGAUGCGACCACAACCAGAACAAUGCUAAUCUUCUAUGGGUUUGUCAAUGUCGGUGCCUUCUACAUGUUGGUCACAACAUAUUCUGAAAAGUUGGUUGGGUAUUGGCUGGCUUUUCUGCUAGCAGGGAUCAUCUAUUUCUUGCUCCCAAUUCUCCUCCUGUUGAUUUAUCGCAGGACCUACAAACAACCACCAUCUCGAAGCUCAGAGUUAAAUCAAGCGCUCAAAAUUAUUAGUGUAGCGCUUCGUGAGAACAAAUUCAAGGUAUGGCGGAAAGACUUUUGGAAUGCUGCAAUGCCAGCCAACCUACAGGCAAAGGGCAUCUUGGUAACUUGGACGGAGAAAGCAGUGAUAGAUGUUGCCAGAACUAUGAGCGCAUGCGAUAUCUUCUGGUUCUAUCCCAUCUGGAAUAUGAAUGACGGAGGAAUUGGAUCUGUCUCUACGAAUCAAGGAGCCUCCAUGGUUACCAAUGGGGCCCCAAACGAUCUUCUAAGUAACUUCAAUCCACUGACCAUAAUCUUCGUGAUUCCCGUUCUCACCUACGUGAUAUAUCCGACAUUGCAACGCCAUCGGAUCAAAUUCGGUCCCAUCAGCCGGAUCACUUUCGGCUUCAUUCUGGCAACCCUGGCCGGGUUGGCUGGAACCUUGGUUCAAUGGCGUGUAUAUGAGCUCUCACCAUGUGGCUACUAUGCUUCAACGUGUGACGAGGUGUCCCCGAUAAGCAUUUGGUGGCAGCUUGCAAACACUAUCCUCAGCGCCCUGAGUGAGUGCUUCGCCAAUGUCACUGCAUAUGAGGUGGCCUAUGCGCGCUCCCCUCCGAGUAUGAGAGGCCUAGUUGUCGCUAUAUUCCUUUUCAUGAAUGCCCUUUCGCAAGCAAUCGGUGAAAUCUUGCUUCCAGUGACCAAAGACCCGUAUCUGAUAUGGAUUUGGGGUGCUCCCACGGUUGCCCUCGCUCUUCAGACGGUUAUCUUCUGGUUCCGGUUCAAAAAUUUGGACAAUGAGACCUACUACGAAUACACCGAGGCUUUAUCUCUAGAGCCUAACGAAAAGAGAAAUGCAGAGGCUGUCUGA